AUGUCCUCCGGUAUUCCGAUCAUCGGUGCUAAUUGGUUCCCCUGCCGCGACCGGGUCGACCCAACCCCAAAGNAAAGUUUGACGUUGGCUAUUUGGACUAAGGAGAAGAAGCAGAAAAUUAUGCGCAUUGGCCGUCGGGGUAAAGAAUUCGGCUGCAAAUUCGAAAUAGUUGAAGGUAUCCAACGGCUUUUAUGCACUGGCCGUGGCUGCGUCGGAGGUCACGUGAGUAGCGGAAGUGUGGAACGUGGUCGAGAAUCAGACGGGCCUACCAUCAGCACAGACAUGGUCGGUUUAGCUCUAGAAACCGGAAUCACCAGCCCGUCCAGCAAGCUUUCCGGAAACAUUUCAGCCUUGGGAUUGUCUAUCGGCAGUGGGGCCGUUGGUAGCUGUGGUGCUGGUGGAGGUACAGGCUCCUCCUCGUCUCCUGCUUCCAGUAUGAUGCAGGGUAUGUUCGUAUUCUAA